GGGAGCCGAGAGCUGAGUGCAGGCGAAAUGGCCCUGGUGCCCUAUGAGGAGACAGCGGGAGUGGGGUUGCAGAAAUUCCACAAGCCUCUUGCCACCUUCUCCUUUGCGAACCACACGAUCCAGAUCCGGCAGGACUGGAGACAGCUGGGAGUUGCCGCGGUGGUUUGGGACGCGGCUGUCGUCCUUUCCACGUAUCUGGAGAUGGGAGCUGUGGAGCUCCGGGGCUGCUCUGCGGUGGAGCUGGGUGCCGGCACCGGGCUGGUGGGCAUAGUGGCUGCCCUGCUGGGUAAUGUACAGGUACUCGAGGACCCACGAAAGCCCCUCCUUUAUUGUGUCCUCUUUCUGUCUGGUGCUCAUGUGACUAUCACGGAUCGGAAAGUAGCAUUAGAAUUUCUUAAAUCAAAUGUUCAAGCCAACUUACCUCCCCAUAUCCAACCCAAAGCUGUUGUUAAGGAGCUGACUUGGGGACAAAAUUUGGGGAGUUACUCACCUGGAGAAUUUGACCUGAUACUUGGAGCUGAUAUCAUAUAUUUAGAAGAAACAUUUGCAGAUCUUCUUCAGACUUUGGAACAUCUCAGUAGCAACCGCUCUGUGAUUCUUUUAGCUUGCCGAAUUCGCUAUGAACGGGACAACAACUUCUUAGCGAUGCUGGAGAGGCAAUUUACUGUGAGUAAGGUUCACUACGAUCCUGAAAAAGAUGUACAUAUUUACAAAGCACAGAAGAGAAACCAGAGAGAGGACUUAUAGUUGACUUUAAUUUAUAAGAAUGUUGUUAUUGAGUGUGUCAGUGAAUGUCUUAGACUGGGAAUUGAACCACGUUUAAUGAAAUGGCUUACUGAACAAAAAGUCUAACCAAAGGUUCUCGAGGGACAAAGU